AUGUCUAACAUUUCGGGUUUCCGUUAAUGGGUCUCCAUUAUGUCCCCAACUACUCCCCCCUUUUUCGUCCCUGUUUUUGCUGAUAUCUUUUGAAAACUACUACUCGUCUGUCUCCUUUUGCUCUUCGCGCUGUCUUCACGCAGAUUGUACCGAAAGAUAGUCCAACGAUUUCUCUUUCGUCUUCAUUUUUGGUUUCUGUGUGUUGUCGCCAUCAAGAUUACCAAGUAUUCAGGUAGGCUUUCGGUUUGGAGUGAGCCCAUUUGCUGCUUUGGGUAGAGAAAAAGUCUCUCUUUUUUUGCUCUGUUCUGAAAGCAUUGAUUGUGGGUUUUUUGGUUGGUUUUGUCAUUUAGGUUCGUUUAUCUUCUUCCUUUGUCGGUUUCGUUGAAGGGCUGCUAGUAUCUUACAGGGAUUGUGUUUUAUAGAGUCCAGUAAUAAAGGGGUUUGUUCAAUGAAAUUUGUUGCUCGAGCCAAAAAGUUUAGAACUUCAAGCACAUGCUGGGUUUCUUGGGUUGGGAUUUUCUUUUGAGGUCCUAUUUUUAGGAAAUGGGGUUGGUUUCAUGAACUGGGUAGACUUCAUGUUUGGUGAAAAAUGGGGAUUUCGAACUCUAAAACCCAAAGAAACGAAGCACUGCGUCUUUGCAAGGAAAGGAGGAGGUUCAUCAAGCAAGCGAUUGACUCAAGGUACGCUCUUGCAGCUGCUCAUGUCUCUUACAUUGAGUCUCUGAGAAACAUUGGCGUCGCUCUCCGGAGAUUCGCCGAGGCCGAAGUGUUGAUAGAGUCCUCUCUGUCAACAUCAGCCACUGAUCUCGACAAAACGCCUUCACAUUCUUCCUACCCUUCUCCGUCUCCUUCGCAUGUAGGAGCUGAGGUAUCUGAUUCACCCUUGCAAAAUGAAAGCCCCAUUUCGCCGCCAGUAGCGAAUAUGAGCUAUAUGAGAAUUGAAAAUAGUGCUCCUGUUACUGUUACCAUCAAUCCGGGUACUGGUGGGUUUGUGGAGGAUGAUUCAUUGACCAUGCCAGUGCCGCCGCCACCACCACCUCCGUUUGAGGCAGGUUCUUGGGAUUAUUUUGACCCUAGUGAUGAUUGUGAGAGCUUUAGAUUUUUGGGGCAUAAUGAAGGUGAUAAUUUUGAGUACAUGAGAGGAUGGGGAGAAUUUAGAAGUCAAGGGCUUCCUCAUAGUAGGCUAGAAAAGGGGAAGCAAAAUUGGGCAAAGGGUAGUUUGGAUGGAAAUAGUGAACUUAAAGAAGGAACCUUGAGGCCAGAAUUGGAGCCUAAUGCCCAAGUGAUUAGCACAGGAGUAGGUGAUGGUAUUAGUAAGACCCUUGAUGGUGAAUGGAGGCAACCAGAUAUGGGACCAAAUGCCAGUGGAUUGGCUGAAAAUGGUGCUCUUGAACAAUCAAAUUCAAAGAGAGAGAAGACUGUGACAGAGAAAGACUUGCCUGCAGAAAGGGAAGAUCCUUCGGAGUUCAUAACUCAUAGAGCUAAGGAUUUUCUUUCAAGCAUAAAGGAUAUAGAACAUCGAUUCUUCCGAGCCUCUGAAGCUGGCAGAGAGGUUUCCCGAAUGCUUGAGUCAAACAAAAUCAGGGUUGGAUACUCUGAGGCCAAGGGGAGAUCAUCUGCUACAACUAUGUUGGCAGCUUGCCGGCAUGUUUGCUGCAGUGGAAGGACUGCUCUUGUUUCCAAUGAGCCUGUCCAACAUGUCACCAAGGUUAUUACUUGGAAGAGAUCAACAUCAUCUCGGUCAUCUUCAUCAAGGAAUGCUUUAGCCACUGCAUCAAAAGAUGAUGCUGAUGACAGUGGAAGUGAUUUUAUUGAAGAGAUUUGCAUGAUUGCAGGAAGCCAUUCAUCCACAUUGGACAGACUAUAUGCAUGGGAAAGAAAACUCUAUGAUGAAGUAAAGGCUAGUGAAUCAAUAAGGAAGGAAUACGAAUGGAAGUGUGACCAGCUAAGGCACCAGUUUGCAAAAGACCAUGCUGCUCCAGCAAUUGAUAAAACCCGGGCAGUUGUGAAGGAUCUACACUCACGAAUAAAAGUAGCACUUCAUUCUGUAGAUUCCAUAUCAAAGAGGAUUGAGAAAAUGAGAGAUGAAGAGUUGCAGCCCCAACUUUCAGAACUCAUUCAAGGAUUGAUCAGAAUGUGGAAAGCCAUGCUUGAGUGCCAUCAUGCACAGUACAUAACUAUCUCACUGGCAUAUCAUUCAAGGAACUCAACAGGUACACCACUGGGAGAUACCCGAAGGCAGAUCAUGGCUCAGCUCCAGGAAGAGUUCGAAUGCUUUGGCUUGAGUUUUACAAACUGGGUUAACAGCCAUGCAUCUUAUGUGGAUGCUCUAAACAAUUGGCUGCAAAAUUGCAUUCUACAACCACAGGAGCGUUCAAAGAACAGGAAACCAUUCUCCCCUCGUCGUGUGCUGGCACCACCAAUAUUUGUUCUGUGUCGUGAUUGGUCAGCUGGUAUCAAGAACUUACCAUCCGAGGGACUUACUGAUUCCAUAAAGGCUUUCUUGUCCAAUCUAUCGGAUCUAAUGGAGCAACAAGAAGAAGUAGUGCCAAAGAAAGAGAAAUUUGAUGAUGCAGGCAAUGAGGAAUCAGAGAGCAAAGAUUGCUAUAGAAAUGACAACGUAUCUUCAAACUUGUGCUGCAUGCAAACUAGUUUGUCUAAGGUGCUUGAUAGACUAAACAAAUUCUCAGAGGCGUCCCUGAAAAUGUACGAGGAUGUCAGACAGAAAAGUGAAGCUGCUCGUGUUGCAUAUUCAAACUGCAAACCAGCUAGAUCUUAAAGGCUAUGUGAUUAUCAAAUGUAAGUUUUUAAUAAGUUUUGGUAUGGAAAUAGAUAUUUGUAAAUCUGAAAGUGUUGCAAAUAGCUUUCCUGAAGAAAUUUGAACAAAUAUGUAAGUGGUGUGACAAAUACUGCUAUCGUUAGUGAGCUGGAGAAUUUCAUCUACAAGAUUCGGUUAAAUGCUUGCAAUUU